AGUUCCCACGCUCGUGCCAAAAAAGCUGCCCGACCAGCUGCAUCUACUUUAGUAGGGGCUGUGAUCCUGCCUACCAACUGCAAGCUUUUACACUAGCUUGGGUUUGGGUCUUCCCCAUAUCAGAGACAUCGGGGAGUCAUUUGUGCGUAUGGUUUUGUCAUAACCGCUCAAGAGUGAAGAACUGGCAUGUUAUCCCCUGGGCGACAUGCUCGGCGUCCAUCAUGGUUAGGCAAAGGCACGGGUGCACCUCGAAUUGUAAUGAAGCGCGGCUUUGCAAUCCAUUCAAUCUACCCUGGACCGAACGUGGGUGAAGUAGAAUCUUCGUCAGAAAAGUAUCGUGUAUGCGUCAUUGGCGGUGGACAUGCGGGAUGUGAGGCUGCUGCAGCUUCAGCUAGAACCGGGGCUCGAACGCUUCUCCUUACCCAGAAACUCGAUACUAUUGGCGAAAUGAGCUGUAAUCCUUCGUUUGGAGGAGUGGGAAAGGGCACAUUGGUUCGGGAAGUAGACGCACUAGACGGCGUGUGCGGUCGGGUUGCUGACAAAGCGGGGAUAAUGUUCCACAUAUUAAAUAGGUCCAAAGGUCCUGCAGUAUGGGGUCUUCGCGCCCAAAUCGAUAGGAAGUUAUACAAGAAGCACAUGCAAGAAAUAUUGUUUAAUUAUCCGAACCUCGAUAUCCGGGCAGCCAGCGUGCACGACUUACUCUGGGAUCAACCAUCUAUUCCCCAUGACACAGGGAAUGCCGCCCUGGACAAUCCCAAUCCCUUCAAACCACCGGUUUGGGCCCAAGUUGCCGGUGUCCGUCUUGACACCGGCGAGGAAAUUAAGUGCUCGUCGGUGGUCUUGUCCACAGGUACCUUCCUUUCCGGCGAGAUUCAUAUUGGCCUUGUAGCCUACCCAUCUGGGCGCAUCAAUGACCCGGCGUCUCCACCAGAAGGCCUAUCCGCUUCUUUGAGAAAGGCUGGAUUUCAGCUUGGAAGACUGAAGACAGGGACACCCCCUCGCUUGGAGAAAAACAGCAUAGAUUGGAAUCAUCCACAAAUAAUAGAACAAAAGGGCGAUUCGGACGUUAUACCGUUCUCGUAUCUUACUGAUCGUGCCGCUAACGAGCAUAAUCAAGUAUCUUGUUAUCGAACACGGACUACUCCUGAAACCCACAGGAUAAUUCGAGAUAACCUACAUCUUAGCAUCCAUAUCAGAGAGACCGUUAAAGGCCCGAGAUACUGCCCAUCGAUAGAGUCCAAAGUCAUCAGGUUCACCGAAAAAGACGGGCAUACAGUAUGGUUGGAACCAGAAGGCUACCACUCAGAUGUGAUAUACCCGAACGGUAUAUCCUGUACUCUCCCAGCGGAUAAGCAAGAACAAAUGCUACGUACCAUUCCGGGACUUGAAAAUGUCAAUAUGAUUCGACCAGGUUACGGUGUCGAAUAUGACUGUAUCGAUGCUCGAGAGCUCAAAGCAACUCUUGAGACGAAACGUAUACCCGGAUUGUUUCUCGCUGGUCAAAUAAAUGGCACUACUGGAUACGAAGAGGCCGCCGCCCAAGGCAUUCUUGCGGGUGCCAACGCGGGACUUUCUGCGCUUUAUCGAUCGCCAAAGAAGCAGUUUGUACUAACGCGAGCGGAUGGCUUUUUGGGAGUGAUGGUCGAUGACCUGAUCUCGAGGGGCGCCGCAGAACCGUAUCGCAUGUUUACCAGUAGGAGCGAAUAUCGCAUGACUAUCAGAGCAGAUAAUGCAGACAUGAGACUCACCGAUAAAGGUCGAACCAUCGGAAUUGUCUCUGAUAGAAGAUGGACGAAGUACGUCCAAUCAAUGGAUGACCUGAAGCGGAUCAAAACUUCGUUAGAACAGCAUACAUUGAGCCCCCAAGGAUGGAAUGCCGCAGGUUUCAGGGUUGCCGCCGAUGGGAUUCAGCGAAGUGCUUACGACCUCUUGGGUUUCCCGACUAUCUCUACGCGAGAUUUCGUUCCAAUCAUACCGGAGCUGGCUCAAUAUCAUCCGCGAAUCCUUGAUCGAAUGGAUAUUGAAGGUCGAUACCGAUUUUAUCUCAAGCGUCAAGCGCAUGACGUUAAAGUCUUCAUGCAAGAUGAGGAAAUGACUCUCCCGUCCGACAUUAAUUACGGCGACGUACAGGGGCUUAGCUAUGAAGUCCGGGAGAGACUCACAAGACUGAGGCCGACAAGUAUUGGUGCCGCGAAGCGCAUGGAGGGCAUGACACCGACUUCACUGCUCCAUCUCAUUGGGUAUAUGAGGGGAAGCAAAGGUGUCACCUCAACGAAGGGCAUGAGGGGGUCAGGCGAUGCAGGAUUGUAAUGGACAGAACGAUCGAGGUCGAUGUCAUAUCAUCAUUAUAAUUCCAUACGGUGCCGCACAUUCGUAAUGUGUGCUGGAGCCCAUAAAAUAAAGGAGUCUCGGUGUUCAUGUUUUCAUUUCAGUGCUUGGCAGGCCAGCUUUUCCGAAAGUCGUCGUCCCGCCACCAUACUUUGUCCCUGCAACAAGUGCGCUCCCGUCGUCUCCCACCACAUGGGGCUUAUCUUCUAGAUGAAGAUUACCAAAAUUCUCCUCAACGGAGGCUAUAAUUUUGGCGCUAUCAGGGGCAGCAAUGUCCGUAGCUGUCUCAUGCUGCUCCUUAG